AUGGACGUCUGGGAAGGCUGCAAGGAAGCCAAGACGAUGGGCGAGCCGUACCACCCUGUCGUACUGCAGCGCGUGUCGGCCCUCCUGCCGCCUCCGUCGCCAGUGUUGGCCCCCAUGGACCCCAUUGACGACGCCAACGACGAACCUGCGCCGCUCGAGAAGCUGGACCUUGAUGCACCGGCAGUUGUCGUCGGCAAGGACCGAUCGCUCACCAAGCCCAAGCGGUUCAAGAAGGACACGGGCUCGGCGCAGUGGAUGGCGGUCGCGCUUGGCGUCUGCGUCGUGGGCCUCGGCGUCGGCAUCAACUGGCUCUCCAAGAAACGCUAG